AUGUCAGCAGACAGGAAGCCCUGGAGCAUUGGCACCGAGUUCCCUCGAGUCUGCCCAGCACAGACUGAUCCAGGAAAGGCCCUGCGUGCUGUCCCCAACAGCUCUGUGUGGGCGAGUCCGCCUCAGGUUGAAGAAGCACACACACCCCACACACAGGGCAGCUCCCAGUGCAGGCAUCUGGGUGCAACGGAAGAGCUGAGUGCGAGAGGCAUGCGCUGCAGGGCCCUGGCUGGAAUCUCUGGGCUCUGCGGCGUGCCCCUAGGAGAGACAUCCUCCUUCUCUGAGCUUCAUCAUGUGUAA